AUGCCUUCCAUCAGCAACAUCGUCGCCGCCAUGGCCUUCACUGCCGGUAUGGCCUCUGCCAUCCCCCAGUACCAGAACGUCAGCAGCUCUGCUCCCAUUGCCUCUGCCAGCAAGAACUCCAGCUCUUCUGCCAGCGCUUCCAAGACCUCGUCUGCCUCUGGCAUGGCCACUCUCCCCGCUCUUGCUGAGUCUGCCUUCUGCCCCAAGCUCAACGGUGCUCUCGUUGGCGACUUCUUGAUUGAGUGCGGCACCACCCACUUCGGUACCAUCCUCUCCGUUGGCAACGGCACCGUCGCUGUCGCCAAGCGUGCUGUCUACACCUCUCUCGGUGACUGCAUCAACCUCUGUGAGGAGACCACCUCCUGUGUUGGUACUGCCUUCAACACUGCCGCCAGAACCUGCACCCUCUACUCUGAGGUCGGCCAGGCUGUCGCUGCUGACAACACUGACUUCGCCGUCUUGACCAACCCCAACGGUACCCCCGUCCCCGCUGGCGGUUCCGCUACCAGCACCGUCUUCUCGACCCAGGUCGUUACCAUCUCCAGCUGUGCUCCUAUCGUCACCAACUGCCCCCUCAAGAACGGACAGUCCGUUAUCACCCAGGUUGUUCCCGUCACCUCCACUGAGUACAUCUGCCCCGCUGCCACAACCGUGCCAGCUUCAGCUGUCGCCUGUGGCUGUGCUGCCGUCCCCGUUACUGUUACUCAGUACGCUCCUUCUUCUGGCUCCAUGGUCCCCGUCCAGACUGUCGUUGUCAACAGCCCUGUCCCCACUGCCACCCAGCUUACUACCAUCGUUUGCACCAGCUGUGCUAAGCCCACUGCUGCCAUGAACAACGGCUCUGGCAACAUGGGCGGUGCCAUCACCUCCACCGUCACUGUCUGCAACAGCGGCAAGUGCUCUGCUGUCGCCACCACCAUGGCCGUUGCCUCUGCCACCACCUCCCAGAUGGCCGUCUACACUGGUGCCGCCGACUCCGUCAAGGCCGGUUUCGCCCUUGUCCUUGCCGGUGCUGCCCUUGUCCUCUAA